AUGAAGCUCUAUUUCUGGUUUAUUGUUGCAUUUCUUGCGUAUGCACCUCAAGUGAGCCCGGACGAGGAGGCCAAAAGGCGCUUCUGGGAGAAGUUGGAUGAGGUUGUGCGUGGUAUUCCGUAUACUGAGAAGCUCUUCAUAGGAGGAUAUUUCAAUAGCCACAUUGGGGCGACGUCGGGGGGUUACAAUGACGUGCAUGGCGACUUCGAUUUUGGAGUUAGAAACGGAGUAGGAACUUCGCUGCCGGAUUUUGCUAAGGCAUUUGAGUUGGUGACAGCUAACUCCAGUUUCCCGAAGACGGAGGAGCACUUGGUUACUUUUUUGAGUUUGGUAGCAGGGAUCCAGAUUGAUUAUCUACUCUUCAGGAAGUCUGACAAAGGCCAGUGCGCAGAUUGCAAGGUCAUCCCAAGUGAGAACCUUACGAUCCAACAUAGGCUCCUGGUCAUGGAUUUGGAGAUCAGGAGGGAGCGAAGAAAGAGGGUGGUGUAUGGUCUACUUAGGAUCAAGUAG